AAUGGAGGUAAUAGCUUAAAACAUAGACGGGUGUGUCGGGUUGUAACUAACAAGGAAGGUAUAAAAGCUCUAAACAGAGACUGUGAAACAUGGCUGCUGCUGAACCUGUAGUGGUACCAGCGCCCGCAGCAGAAGGGCGUCAAUACCUGGUGUAUGAAGGGCCAAGGUCGGAUAUCACUUACCCUAUCAAGGUGUUGUAUUGUGGAGAGUGUUCCAUGCCACUUGAGUACUGUGAGUAUUAUCCAAACUAUGAGAAAUGUAAGAAGUGGCUGGAGACAAACUUACCUGAACAAUUUGAAAGGCUGAAGGCAGAUGGGGAAGAAGGAGAAACUGGAGAUGCAGAGAAGAAAAGACAGAAGAGGGGAGGAAAAGGACAGGUGAAAGCCAAAAAGAAGGCCGAACCUCAGGGAAUAAAUCUGGGGUACAUAAAAAGAGGAAAGAAAAGGAGUACAGUGAUCACUGGCCUCUCAACCUAUGAAAUUGAUCUGAAGGAAGCUAGUCGAUUUUUCUCCCAGAAGUUUUCCUGUGGUUCGUCUGUAGUAGCUGAAGAUGAAAUCUCUAUUCAGGGAGAUAAGCGAGAUGACUUAUUUGACAUUCUGUGUGAAAAGUGGCCCCAGAUUGAUGAAGACAAUAUAGAUGACAUUGGUGAGGUGAAGAAAUGAUAAAGUUGUUUAAAUUAUUUAUCUUUGGGAAAAAAAAUUAAAGUGAAGUAAUUUUAAAACAGUA